AUGUCUAGUAUUGUGGAUAAGGAGUUGAGUAGAGCACUUAGAGUGCAUCAAAUUUUACAUGAAAGACUGGAAACACUAGAAGGUGUCAGGCAGGAAUCAGAAGGGGCACAAGAGGGAGAAGAGGGAGAGGCAAAAUGGAGAGCGACGGCUCAGCUUGAGAGGGACAUGAAGAACUCGGUCAGGGAUCUUUUCAGGCUUUUCCGAGCCCAUCCAGAUACCUUUUUUGGUUUGAAGACAGAGCUAGGUAUGAAAGUAGGUGAGAGUGAGUACAAAAUAAUUAGAGAGCUUAAGAGGUUUCAUGGGCAUAUAAUAGAAAAGUUGCUGACCAGCCUAGAUGAGGAGCUACAGCAAGUCCUCAGCAAGCAGUCGUCUUCAUUGCCUGCCCACGACAUGAAGCACAUAAUCUCACUAGAGAAAGAGAUGUCUGCGGCCAUCAAGCAAAGAGAUGUGGAGAUUUCUGAACAAAAAGAGUUGGAGAGUUCUCUGCAAGAGAAUGAUACACAAGAAGCAGUUUUGUCAGUUCUGGCAGACAAAGAGUGCCAGUCCUAUAUCAAGACAUCAAAGACGAAGCAGGCCAGCAUACAACAGGAAAUCGAUAAACUGAACAUCCAGCUCAACAAUCUGAUUCUUGAAAACAGAGCAGCAGAGAGAGUAAUCCAAGAGAAAAAUGAAAAGUUGGAGACAGAAAUUGAAUACUUGCUUCAAACUUUUGAUGAGGAAAUAGGAGAGAAACAGGCUGAUCUGGAGAUAAGUGAAAAUGAUUGUGAACAGGACGAAGGGGAGCUGAAGAAGCUGGAGAAACCCUAUGCUGUCCUAGAGGUGGAGUGCAACCAGAUCCAGGAGAGGCGUCGGCUGGCAGAAGAGAGGAGAAAAGUGGAAAUGGAAGAGCUAGAAUUGAAAACCAAGGCUGCUAUUUUCGCCCAAGCCUGGUGGAGAGGAUACAGUACUCGCAAGGCCUUGAAGAACAAGACUAAAAGCAAGAAGGCCAAAAAGGGCAAAGGCAAGAAGAAAUAAACUACUCAACAGGUUCACCACUCACCACUGCUACAGUCA